ACACGAUUUAGUAGGCUUCAGUAAGUAAUGUUAGCGAGCUUUAUUGGCAGCUGGCAGCGCUAGCAUAUGCUUUUAAUGUCGUUCAUAUUAACAGUGAAAAAGCAAGUAUUCAUUUUCACGGCGAUUAGCUAGUUGCGUGAGAUCGUCGUUAUUAGCUCUAUAAAUGUAAAAUGUAAUGCAGGACAAACCCUUUAGCGAAUUGAAGAGAAACAAUAGACCCAUUAUUGCACAGUUUAGCUAGUUACCUAGCUAUAUUAGUGGAAAGCAAAUUAACGUUAUCGAAAUUUUGUUUUGUGUCCAGAAAUAGUACUUUAUUAAAUGACCACAAAAUUGAAUUUGUCAGUAGCAUUUCCUAUAAUUAUCAAUUUUCAUCAACCAUUUAUACGCAUACAUCUUUGACUUUCAUCUUGCUAAGACUGUACAAACUGGAAAAUAUAGUUUAGAAGAAUAUUAGUUGAUCGUUACUGCACGUCAAUCUAUCCACAUCACGUAAGAUUAUUUGUCAAACUGUUGACCUGUUAAUGCAGGAGUCUGGGUGCAGACUGGAGCAUCCAUCUGCCACCAAGUUCCGCAAUCAUGUAAUGGAAGGAGAGUGGGACAAGGCUGAAAGUGACCUGAAUGAGCUGAAAGCAUUAAUGCAUUCUCCAAGUGCUAUUGUGCGGAUGAAGUUCCUGCUCUUGCAGCAGAAGUACCUGGAGUAUCUGGAGGAUGCCAAGGUCCUGGAGGCACUGCAGGUUCUCAGAGCUGAACUUACUCCUCUCAAGUACAACACAGAGCGCAUCCACAUCCUGAGCGGGUACCUGAUGUGCAGCCAUGCAGAAGACCUCAGAGUAAAAGCAGAUUGGGAGGGCAAAGGCACCGCUUCCCGAACAAAACUCCUAGACAAGCUUCAGACCUACCUGCCCCCCUCCGUGAUGUUGCCUCCACGCCGGUUGCAGACCCUAUUGAGGCAGGCCGUGGAGCUGCAGAGAGAGCGCUGCCUUUACCAUAACACCAAACUGGACAGCGGCCUGGAUUCUGUGUCCCUCCUCUUGGAUCACGCGUGUAGCCGGAAACAGUUCCCCUGCUACACCCAGCAGAUCCUCACUGAACACUGCAAUGAAGUCUGGUUCUGCAAGUUCUCCAAUGACGGCACCAAACUGGCCACAGGAUCCAAAGACACCACUGUUAUCGUUUGGCACGUGGACACAGAGAGUCACCAGUUGAAGCUGAUGAAGACUCUGGAGGGCCAUGCCUACGGUGUCUCCUACCUGGCCUGGAGCCCUGAUGACUCCUACUUGAUUGCCUGCGGCCCCGACGACUGCUCAGAGCUCUGGUUAUGGAACAUACAGACAGGUGACUUACGCAUAAAGAUGAGCCAGUCACACGAGGACAGUCUGACCAGUGUGGCCUGGAACCCAGACGGCAAGCGCUUCGUCACUGGAGGUCAGAGGGGCCAGUUCUACCAGUGUGAUCUGGAUGGUAACCUGCUGGACUCGUGGGAGGGCGUAAGGGUUCAAUGCUUGUGGUGCCUAGGCGACACUCGAACCGUCCUUGCCUCCGACACACACCAGCGUAUCCGCGGUUAUAACUUUGAGGACCUUACGGACAGAAACAUAGUCCAGGAGGACCACCCGAUCAUGUCUUUCACUGUUUCAAAGAACGGGAGGUUAGCCCUGCUGAAUGUGGCUACUCAGGGGGUGCACCUGUGGGACCUUCAUGACAGGGUGCUGGUCAGGAAAUAUCAAGGCGUGACACAGGGCUUCUAUACCAUCCACUCUUGUUUCGGAGGGCACAACGAGGACUUCAUCGCCAGUGGGAGUGAAGAUCACAAAGUCUACAUUUGGCACAAACGUAGUGAGCUGCCGAUCGCAGAGUUGACAGGACACACGCGUACAGUGAACUGUGUGAGCUGGAACCCUGUUGUGCCCGGUCUCCUGGCCAGCGCUUCAGAUGACGGCACUGUCCGAAUUUGGGGCCCUGCCCCUUUCCUGGAUAUCCAGGACACAGAGGGGCUAAACGGGAAUGGGCUCUCCAGAGUGUGUCAAGCAACCCACGUGAUAAGAAUCACACCGCCGUGGCGAGAUGUGCAUCAGAUGACAUGACUCCCAAAUCUGUGAGUUGUUGCGAAUUGGACAUCAUGAAAUUGGGAGGGCAGAAAAAUAGUAACACUUUGAAAUGAUUUAAUAAUGAAAAUAAAAUGUAAAUAAAGAUCAGUUCAUCUUGGCCAUAUGUUUGAUUUUCAUUGUGAUUGCCAUAGCUUUAUGUAUGCUUUGAUUAAAUAUAUUUUCAGACGUUUAUGGGUUAUUGUAUAGAAACAGUGGGGAAGGACAUUUGAGAGUUUUUGCUAAAAGAGCAGUGGGCUGGAUUUAAACUCAUGCUAGAGCGGUGUGAAGCAGAUGCCUAGACCCCUGGACCACUGGAGGCCACAUGUACGCUAUAAGUAUGUGACAAAAUAAUUUCAAUGUUGUUAUUUUUAAGUCUGUUCUGUAGGAGCAAACCAAGAAGGAGUGGGAAAAGGAAUGCAAAUUAAAAAUCUUGUUCUCUCCAAAAGAAUGUUGUAGCAUGGACAGCUGAUGGUGACCUCGGAGCAGAAGACACCACUUCUCAUAUCCAGAAGAGACAUACUACAAGACUCUAACAAAUGAAGCGGAUGAAGCGUUGCGUUUUGAUAGCUGCUUUCUGGAGGUUUAGGCCUGGGGCUGAGCUGCGGUGGCAUUUAAUGAUGUCACACACAGAUGUCAGACAAAUCACUUGAAUGAACCGUCUACCCAGGUGCCCCCUAGGCUGACUGACAUCCCUGAUGUCUGUCGCACCACAUGUUUUCAGCCAAGCCUCAUUCUCUUUCUUCUCGGCGCUAACCCCAGGACCACCCCCUUUCACCUGCCUCUUCCAGAGUUUAAUAUUUAUUAUGGAUAGUAUUAUUUAUUCUUAUUACUGGUAUGUUAAUAUAUUAUGAGAACGAGAGAAGGCUGUAGUAGCAGAGAGUGGUAAGAAUAUUUUCUUCCAACAGGGAAGUCACAUUUAAUUAGUUUAUUCAUUGCUGCCUCGGAUUGAAACACCUCAACAUAUUUAAGCUGGGGCUUUUCUUGUUUUCAUUUCGCUUCCGAAAUCUUUGUGUGAGAGGUCAUUUUAACUGAAUCAAAUGGUUAUGAAAUCCACAAAUUUAAGUGAAUCUUGAAUAUGCUGGAAUGGUUGUGCAGUUGUUUUUUUUGGUUUUUUUUAAACAAGGUACUUUUUAACUUUUUUGUUUAUUCCCCUUGAAUUAUCAUCUUAUUUACAUGUUGCUUUGCUUCCUGACAAGUAGCAUGGUGAAAUUGAUGUGCAUGUUGCUAAGGCCUCACAGCUAAAGUAAAUAGCAUUAGAUUAUAUGGUGGCUAUACCCUUAGUCUUCAGAGCCUUUGCUUGACCUGAUGAUGUCCAGAGGCUAACUAUCUUUCUUAUAUGUAUAGGUUAUAUUUUGUGGAUUGGGUAAGUAUUGAGACUUGAAUUUGCCUGUGUCACACUAAACAGCAAUGGGGUCGACUCUGUUCUUUCACUCUGACCACACUUAUGUCUACUUAUGUGCUGUCGUCACUUCACUUCCAUUUUACACACUGGAGCUCGUGGGUUGUUCAGUAUGUUCUGUAAUGUUCCAAUAUGUAUGUACGACAAACAUGCCUCUUCGACAUGUAUGCAGUGUUUGAGAAUGUUUUAGAACUGAAUGGGCCCUGCUCUCCAUUAUGUUUGACCCCUUUCUCCUGCACUCUCCCAUUAUUCAUCUAUUCCCUCUCACUUCUGGUCUAUCCAGAUUCCAUUGCUGGUAAAACCAGUAUUUGGAUUUUCUAUUUUUAUUUUUAUUAUUUGCUGUUUUCAUUUUCCUUAUUAGUUGUGCAUUUGAUACAGACUGACAUAAAAUACCUUUGAAAAGACAUCUGUUUUUAUGGCUUUGUGAAUUUUAUAUUUUGUUACAUUUCAUGUCUUCUCUGGUUUUCCUUCUACUGUCAUUAUUGGUGUCUUUUAACAGUUCAUUUUCUUUUACCACAAUUUCACAGUGUUUGUGUGUAAUACUUUUGGGCACUUGAGUGCAUCAGAUAAUUAUAAAUUUGUACAAAUUGUUCCUUUUGGACAUAAUUAGCUUGUCUGAUAUGGUAUGCUAUGUAAUGUAUGCUAUAUAUGUAUCUGUAUAUGUUAUGGCAUGUAUUAUGAGAUAGUGUAAGAACAGCAUAUAGGCUGUGUUGUUUUUUUCCCCUGUGACACAGAUCUCCCCUGCAUCAGGUGAGAGCCUGACCACAGGUCAUCACAGACACUACCAGCUAAUUCUGCUCUGUUAAAGACUGAUUUAUAAACGUAUGUAACCACACUUGUGUCACAAACACGCACCUCAGUACAGAUCAAACACUAAAACAAUCACAGACGUGGUGUUCUAGGUUCGGCUUAUGCAAGUUUUUGUUGUCUUUUCAGACGUAGCUUCUGAAAUGGCAUCUUAUUUCCCUUUCCUUGCUGUAAACGCUCAGCGAACUCAGAAGGCAUUAGGGUAAAACAUUUUUUUGCAGCCGGGUUUGGAUGAAUUCAUUUUGCAUUUAAAGGUGUUAUUAAAGUUUAUUGUACUGUUAUGUAAUGUUGUGUAGGAGAAGUGUUAUGUAUGCAUAUUUUCAAUAAAGCAUUCAGGGUUUUAA